CGCUCACUAUUUUUUCCCUCAUCUAGAGGUGUCUUACAUCAGCUUAGUGUGCCUGAAUCCGAGAAACUUCGGAGAGAAAGAGCUUUGUUUUUAUCCUCAUUCUUUCACAUACUUGGAAUACAAAAAUACUGGACAAAUGGUUUAAACGGCAACCCAAAAAGAGUGAACGUCCCGUCUCCAGUUGAGAUGAAGCAGCUUUGGAAGAUGCUCUUUCCGCUCCUUAUCCUGCUUUACCUAUUGGGAGCUGUCAGAUCUCAAGUUAAUCCAGGUGUAUGUCGCUCUCCAUUAGGAAUGUCUGGAGGGCAGAUCUUAGAUGAAGACAUCUAUGCUACCAGUCAGUGGUCCGAAUCCACAGCAGCGAAAUAUGGCAGAUUGGACAGUGAGGAAGGCGAUGGCGCCUGGUGUCCUGUGAUAGCACGAGAACCAGAGACUAUGAAGGAGUUCCUGCAGAUAGACCUUCAUUCUCUGCACUUCAUCACUCUGGUGGGUACACAGGGACGUCAUGCCGGAGGCAUGGGUAAUGAGUUUGCCCAGACAUACAAGAUCAAAUACAGUCGUGACGGUAGCCGCUGGAUCUCAUGGCGCAACAGGCAGGGCAAACAGGUGAUUGAGGGGAACAGGAAUGCCUAUGACAUCGUGCUGAAGGACAUGGAGCCACCCAUCAUCGCACGUUUUAUCCGCUUCAUGCCCGUCAUCGAUCACUCAAUGAACGUUUGCAUGCGCGUGGAACUGUAUGGUUGUGAGUGGCUCGAUGGCUUGGUAUCAUAUAAUGCUCCAGUUGGUCAGCAGAUGACUCUAAAUGGACAGUUUGUUUUUCUCAAUGAUUCUGUGUAUGAUGGAGCCAUGAGUAACAGUAUGACAGAAGGUCUUGGACAACUGACUGAUGGUAUUUCUGGUUUGGAUGACUUCACACACAGCCAUGUGUACAAUGUCUGGCCUGGAUAUGACUACGUCGGCUGGACCAAUGAGAGCUUUCCCAAUGGUUUUGUUGAGAUUAUGUUUGAGUUCGACCGCACCCGCAACUUCACCACCAUGAAGGUACACUGCAACAACAUGUUUUCACGAAGGGUGAAGACCUUUCAGAAGGUGGUUUGUUAUUUCCGGUCUGAGUCGGACUGGGAGGCCACGCCCAUAUCGUUCAACCCUGUGAUGGACGAUGUCAAUCCUAGUGCCCGCUUUGUCACCGUGUCUCUCCAGAAUCACAUGGCCAGUGCUAUCAAGUGCCAGUACUACUUUGCUGACAUCUGGAUGAUGUUCAGUGAAAUCACCUUCCAGUCAGAUACGGCGAUGUACAACACAACGCUGCCUCCGAUCCCUCCUUCCAUCAGCAGUCAGCCAGGUUAUCUUCUCUCUAUCCCCUUCUCAGGGGAUGAUCCCACCCACAAAGUAGAUGACAGCAACACCCGGAUUUUGAUUGGCUGCCUGGUUGCCAUCAUCUUCAUCUUAGUGGCUAUUAUUGUUAUUAUUCUAUGGAGACAAGUGUGGCAAAAGAUGCUUGAGAAGGUGUCUCGGAGGAUGCUGGACGAUGAACUAACUGCUAGUCUGUCAAUACAGAGUGAGACCUUCACAUAUAACAACAACAACAACAACACUUCCUCAGUGUCCAUCGAGCAAGAGUCAAACUCCGCUUAUGAGCGCAUCUUCCCUCUGGGACCCGACUACCAGGAGCCUUCACGCUUGGUCCGCAAACUUCCAGAGUUCUCACAAACAUCAGAGGAUGUUGCAUCAACCAGUACAGCUUCCAAGUCUCCACCGGCGAGCGCACAAGAUGGUGUUCCUCAUUACGCCGAAGCUGACAUUGUCAACCUGCAGGGUGUGACAGGAGGCAACACUUAUGCUGUUCCUGCCCUCACCAUGGACCUGCUGUCGGGGAAGGAUGUUGCUGUGGAAGAGUUUCCACGGAAACUGCUCACCUUUAAAGAAAAAUUGGGAGAGGGGCAGUUUGGAGAGGUGCAUUUGUGUGAAGCAGAAGGAAUGCAAGAUUUUAUGGAUGAGGACUUCUCCUUCGACGUCAUUGAAAACCAAACAGUGCUCGUAGCUGUUAAGAUGCUUAGAGCAGAUGCUAAUAAAAACGCAAGGAAUGAUUUCUUGAAGGAGAUAAAGAUCAUGUCACGGUUAAAAGACCCCAACAUUAUCCGGCUCCUGGCGGUGUGUAUGAGCUCUGAUCCUCUGUGUAUGAUCACAGAGUACAUGGAGAACGGAGACCUCAAUCAGUUCCUGUCUCGCCAUGAACCCGAAGGCAUGAUCGCUUUACUCAGCAAUGCUCCAACUGUCAGCUACAGUAACCUACACCACAUGGUCACACAGAUCGCAUCAGGCAUGAAGUAUCUCUCCUCACUAAACUUUGUGCAUCGGGAUUUGGCCACCCGCAACUGCCUAGUGGGGAAGAACUACACGAUCAAGAUCGCAGACUUUGGCAUGAGCAGGAACCUGUAUAGUGGAGACUACUACCGCAUCCAGGGAAGAGCUGUAUUGCCUAUCCGCUGGAUGUCCUGGGAGAGCAUUCUUCUGGGGAAAUUCACGACAUCCAGUGAUGUAUGGGCUUUUGGAGUGACUCUUUGGGAAAUGCUCACCUUUUGCAAAGAGCAGCCAUACUCACAGCUAUCAGACGAGCAGGUCAUUGAAAACACAGGGGAGUUCUUUCGGGAUCAAAGGAGACAGAUAUACUUGCCCCAGCCACCAAUGUGUCCCGACCCCAUCUACAAGGUCAUGUUGAGCUGCUGGAACAGGAACACCAAAGAGCGUCCAUCCUUCCAAGAGAUUCAUUGCACCCUAAUGGAGUGCAAGCCAUAGUGUUCAUUUAUGGCACUCCCAUAGACUUUAAGUGUGCCCACAGGACUCCAAUCAACCGCACCACCACAGGCCUUUAUCUUCCCAUAGUCAACGAGAUCACAAUCCAUCAUUCUUCUGUAGAAGUUUCAUUGUGAGUAAGCAAAGGCAAACUGGUAUAUAUUGUACAAAUAAAUUGUACAGUUUUUUUUAAUCCCCUAACUGAAUGGCUUUGGUUGGCAUGCAAUAAAUAGGCAGGACUAUAGCAAUAAUUUAAGGCAGAAUAAUUUUCUUCAAAUACACUUUUCUAUUGAAUAAAAGGAAUCUAUGAAGGAAUAUAAAAGUAAAUAAGAGAACACAAACAGUCAUUGGCAAUUAAUGUGCCUUAUGUGAUUAUUUCCAUGUUGUUUUCAGUGUGUUUAAGCCGAAGACAGCUUGAAUGUAAAUAUAAAGGCAUUUUAAAUGACAUUCAGAUUUACUUUAGGGUUUUAUGUUGUGAGGUACUAACGUUUGUGUAUGUGUAUGUUCAUCUCAUUUAUUAAAAAUUUACAUUUUUGUUAUUUUAAUUUUUCGUUGUAGUAAGCUUAUGAAACACUUUCAAACAAGUGGAUUAACAGACACAGAAGUAAAUUUAUCUGUUUUAAGUUCAGUACAGUAGGCUAUAUAAAAUCAAUUCAUAAGCUUUAAAUUGGUCAACAGAUUUGUCUGAAUUUGUAUUCUGCAACUACCUAUAUGUUGUGUUGAUAUUUAAAUGUAUUGCAUUGCAUAAGUGUGCUUAAACUCUGUUGCUUUUCUUCUUGUUAUUCUAAAGAAUUCUGUUUAAUGAAAUUAGUGAUUAUUUAAUUGUAAUAUUGACAUUUGUGUCUUUUCCUUUUAUUUUUUUGGUCAAGUCUGAGUCAAGACCAAGGACAGAGAUCGAGUGUUGAGUUCAAAACCACAUCCAGCUUUAUCUGGACUCUGACUCGACACUCGAUCUUUGCACUGUAAAAAAUACUUUGCUGCUGUAAAAUGUUUUGUUAAAUCAACUCAGAUUAAUAUGGAGCCCCUAAGGGGACAUGGAGCAAAAAUUAAAUAAAGUUUCGUUUCGCGUGCACACGUGAAACUUUCACGCGCGCACGCAAAACGAAACUAUUUAAAAAAAUCUGCACAUGAAGGUUUCGCGUGAGCACAUGAAAGUUUCGCGUGAGCACGCAAAAGUUUACUCCAAUGUCACCUCAGGCACUCGGUAGUUUUACAAGUCAUGUCAACAGAGAUGAGUUGUCACAACUUAUAAAAUAUAGUUGAGAAAAGUCAACAUAAUUUUAUAAGUUAUAACAACUCACCUGUAGUUAUAACAACUUACCUCUAGUCAAGAUAAAUAAUAGUAAGUUGAAAUGACUUGUAAAUCCGAGUUGAUUCAACAAAAAUUUAAGGCAGCAAAGUAUUUUUUACAAUGUGUUCUUGGUUUGAGUUGGACUCGACUCCAAAACAACGGUUGCAUAAAAACAUUUAAUAUCUGACAUUUCAGCGUUUUCAUUUUUAUUUAAAAAAGCUAUGAAUUUACAUCAUUCUUUUAAAGAAUUGACAUAUUUGCAUGAACCUGGAUGAAAUCCAAUGUAGUUGUUAUUUCAGAAUUUCACAUUUUUUAUGUUUUGUUUGUCCUUUACUUCAUUUGUAAUAUUAUUUUCAAAGUAGACCAAAGGGAGAUUAUAACAUCAUUUGAGUAUCUAUUGAAACUAUGAAAAUAGGCUUAUUUUAAAGCUGUCUUAUUUUUUAUAUCAGAGUGUAUUCAAGGUGGUGCUGAUGAAUUGCUUAUGUUAUGUUGGAUAAAUACUGGAUUUGUAAUGAUCAGAUGCACUAUGAUGGUUUACAGUAUGUCAUGAAAUGUCUUUGCAUGUGAAAUGUGCUGUAAAUGGGAUACUUUGAAAUAUCAUUUGCAGGUAAUGUGUAAAUUGUAUACUUGUAAAUCUUUUUGUAAGGUAUAUGACUAUAAAAUUGUGCACCUUUUGUUGUCAGUUGAGAUACCUGCCAUAUGAUCUAGUUGUGGGUAUAAAAGUUUCUGGCAAUAGCCUAUGUA